AAACACGCAGAAGUACACCCCCAUGCUUGUUGAUAUUGCAGUUUACGAUAAAUUCAAUAACUCGCUAUUGCUCACAAAGGUGGAUACCACCAAUCCUGGAACGGUCAUAAUAUACAUUGGCGGCAUGUUGUCGGACAUGAUGCAUCCAAAAUUUGUAUUUGACAUGGCUGAUAAAAUGCAUUUUGCAAGCUUUGUACAGCCAAUUCUACGGUCACACCCGUUCUUUGGAUUAUGGAGCCUUGCAGAUGAUGCAGAAGAUAUCGAGAGGGUGAUAGAACACGUUUGCAAAAAUUUUAGAAGAGAAUUCAGCAAAGGUAUGACAGUCGAUACAGCACAUGGCAACAGCGCUGAAUAUAGCGAACUGCCAAAAAUAAUACUACUUGGUCAUUCCACUGGCUGCCAAUCUGUUCUGCACUAUCUUAACACUCGAUUACACUCGUCAAAAAUUACCUGUGCAAUAUUUCUGGGACCGGUGAGUGAUCGCGAAUAUGAAGAAAGCGUCAAUCCGAAUCUGAGUUACAAACUUGAGCUUGCUCGGAAUAACCCAGAAAUGACGUUCUUGCAUUUUAAUUCUCCGGUGAAGGCUCAACGCUACAUUAGUCUUUUUACUAAGUAUGGCGACGAUGACCUGUUCAGCAGCGAUUUGCCAAACGAAUUUUUUAAGACUCUCAACAAGAGCGGGACACCUUUACAUUUUCUGGUCAUGAGAGACGACGAAUAUAUGCUUAAGAGCAAUGUGGAUUGUUUGAGACUGGUAAAUAACGCUGAUGUACGAGUUAUUGGUGGUGAUCAUGUCUUUGGAGGUGGUGUUGAUGAAAUGUUCGGUGUUCUAAGUGAGAUAGUGCAAAAGUAUCACUAGUAAAUAUUUU